GAGCAGGUUCUGGAGAGCAGAGCGUGGACCGCAGACUCUGCCCUGUGGAGCGCCUUACAGGCUGCCGGGAACAAAGUCCCCACAGUGGAGGAGGUGAAUUUUUCGUCCAGUCUCGACAAUGGUUCUGGUUCCUUUGGUUCUGGUUCCACCAGCGGAGUUCAGUCCCACCUGCCUCUGGUGGCCCUCUCUCCCAUCAUCCACCCCCGUAUCCGCGAGUUCAGAUCAGGCCUGGGCAGCGCACGUAAAGAUGUGCCUCCCUCUCCGCUGUCGGUCCACGACAGGUACAGCUCUCCUGCGGCCGGCAGCGCCAAACGACGGCUCUUCGGCGACGACCCUCCGGCUCUGUCAGUAGGCCUGAACCCCUGCGCAAGCCCGAUGCCGUCUCCAGCAAAGAGGCUGACGUUUGGCUCGACCAGCACCCUGAAGAUCGCAACCCAGGGCACUCAGACCACCGUCCUGAGUAUCCCACUGCAAGGUGUGAAUAGUGACCGCACUAUAACACUGAUCCCGGUCCAGCCAUGUGACUCCUCUGCUGCCGUCACCACUCAGUUCCUGCUGACCGCUUCCCCAAGCCGGACCGCGCCCAUCCCCACCCCUGCCCCCGCCGCCAACGCCACAACCUCCGACACCCAGACAGGAAACGUGCGGCCACGACGCACCGGAUCACUUGCUCUGUUCUUCAGGAAGGUGUAUCACCUGGCCAGCGUACGUCUCCGGGAUUUGUGUGUGAAGUUGGACAUCUCGUCGGAACUGAGAGGAAAAAUCUGGACGUGUUUCGAGCACUCUCUGGUCCACUCCACCGAUCUGAUGAAGGACCGACACCUUGACCAGCUGCUGCUGUGCAGCAUUUACAUCAUAUCCAAAAUCACCAAAGAGACUCACACCUUCCAGGACAUCAUGAAGUGCUACCGGAGCCAACCACAGGCCAGCAGCCAUGUGUACCGCAGUGUCUUACUGCGUCACACUCCCAGAGAGCAGGUGGCCGAUGAAAACAUGGAGGUGGAUUCUGUUUCAGGUGGAGAAUCUGCAGAGAAAACCAAUCAGCUCCCAGGAGAUGCGAACUCUGACCAAUCAGUGGAGGAGGAGCGUGGUGACCUCAUCCAGUUCUACAACACUGUGUUCGUUUUGAAGAUGAAGAGCUUCGCACUGCGAUACGCCACCCACGAUAACCGGGCCGACGCUCCUCCUCUCUCUCCGUUCCCGUCGGUCCGGGCUCAGCCUCUGUCUCCUCGCAGAGUCUCCCAGAGGCACUCGCUCUACGUCUCCCCACACAAGAACUCAGCAGGCUGCCUCACACCCAACUCCUACACCUACAGGAUCAACAGCAGCCCGUCCAAGGAGCUGUCAGACAUCAACCGGAUGAUCCGUCAGGGCUGCGUGAGCAGGAAGAGAGCCUUCACCAUGGAGGGGGAUGUGAUGAUGUCAUCAGCGUGCGACUCCCCCAGUAAGAGGGCGUGUCCAGAGAACGGCAGCAGUCCAGAUGUGCUGCUGAAGCGUCUGCAGGACGUCGUGUCAGAGAGGCAGAGUCACUGAGAACAGACAUGAACUACAACCUGAAAGUAAUGAAAACAGUUCAUCAUGAAACUGCUCCUCAGGUCAAGAAGCUGCCACGAACAGCUGGAGAAGGGUUUGGAUUUUUCAGGAAGCUAAGGGUCUUUUUUUCUUCCCCACAACUUUGACCUGAGGGUCAUAGACACUGUGCAGCUUGAUUCAUGCCGUCUUGUUUUACACAAAGCUGAUCGUAGUUCCACUUCCACAACGUUUUGACUUUUAUACCAGUGAUAUUAUCCAAAAUGGGAUAUCUGAACCACGUCUAAUCAAAGCUUAGAAUAGAGCAAACAGCAGUCACAGGCAACGUUCUGUGUUUCAUUUGUUGUUGUACGGACUGAUUUUCUACCGUACCUCAAGCUGCUUGCAUCAACCAGUCAGCUCUCCCCUGCAGCCUUAACAAUAUUGUCAGAAGACCUUUUCGUUGACCUCCUUUAUAAAAGAGACAUUUUUUAAAACUGCGCUUAGAUUUUACUUUUUCUACUACGAAUUUUUUAAUCCAUGGAGGUUUCAUAAGCCUUUGUCAUCCUUCUCUAUGUCGCAGUUUAUCAGCUAAUUUUGACUUCACGGAACCAUUUCAUCAGUAGAAGUAGAACUUAACUGGAUGAAACUCAUCUCAUGCAUCAUCUGCUGCACUGACCUUCGUAGCAGAACAUGAUGCUGAAAAAGAUGCUUGGGGGUAAUUCAGAAAUGAUGCCAAAAGCUAGUUUGCUUUGUAUUAACUCUGGAUAGACAACCUGAAUGAGCUUGUGAGCAUGUCGCUGCCUGUAAACAGUGUAUGGAUCUGAAAAGUGAGCUGAAUUGAAUCUGAUAGUGUUCAUAUCAGAUGUUUUUGUAAGUGCCAGCUGGAGUGCAACAGUUUGAUGACAUGUCUGCAGAUGUUUUCACCACACGGGUCAGAGGCUGAUGUUUGAGCUUCAGAAGCAUUUCUUUCAAAGCUUUUGGAGCUUUAUGUGACAGCAAGGGCUCGACAGGUAAUUCAGUGUUUACCAGGACUGAUCUCGUUUCAUGCUGUAGGAAUUUAUUUCCAUCUUUACCAGACUUACAGAAACAACUCAUAAUGCAACACACUCUGUCCAUUAACAAAGACGUUUGUAAUAUGUUCUUGAAUAUAACAACAUCCCGGAUUUUUCCGAAACAAAAAACAUCUUAUGUUUUCUUUAAAGUCUGAUAUUAAAUUUUACAGUAAAAAUAUCUUCAGUCAAUUUAUCAGAAGCUUUUUGGCUCAGGUGACCUUUAGAUGUUUCAUUUUUAUCCGUGUUUGCGUUCACUGCGGUAAAAUCAGUGACAACAACGGAGCCUUUUCAUAGUCAGACCUCUCAACCUGUCAGUGUCGGUGCACAUAUAUAUAUAUUUAAAGUCCAACUAGGUCAAAGGAAACCUCUCUGCUGUCUGAUUUAUUUGAACCCCAAACUUGUGUAUAGUUUCUUUUCCUCACAUGACGUGUUCCACUACAAUAUGUGCAGAGUCUCCACUUCAUUUCUGUCUAAUUUUAUUAGUCCCCUUUUAAUAUUUUCCUUCUGUGGUUUUGAACCAUGUAAUGUCAUAUAAUGCUGUGAUAACAGGUCGAAUGCUAACGACUGAAGCAGCAUUUCUGUACCUAAGUGUGUGUGUGUGUGUGUGUGUGUGUAGUAUCUACACUUGAUUUUCUUAUUGAGUUUAACAUUUUACAGAGUCUCUGUUCAUUUGUACAACAGCGCUGCUGUUAGAAAUCAAUUUUUGUAACAUUUAAUAUCUUCUCUCCUUUACACCCGUUGAAGGAGAAGGUCAGAAAUGAACUGCUUGUACAAAAAAAUCAGAAGUCGUUUUUUUCUUGCCGACAGCCUGAAAAUAUGAUGAUGGAUAGAAUUCUGCUUUUCUGAACCUGUCGACUUCAGUGACUUUUGUAUUUUCUACAAUCAGUCGGGUUUUGUACAAUAAAACUUCUUUCUUUCUAUGUC